CGGAAAGAACAGAACGAGAGAGGACUCAGGGGGUGGCGCCAUCUAGCCCGCGAAAGGAGGGAGAAGGCAACGGGAAGCGAUAGCCCGUGCCGUGGCGCGUGGUGGGAUUGGCGGCAAAGCAAGCGGGGGCGAUCGGAGAGAGAGAUGGGAGAAAUUACGCGUCGACCAGCAGCAGCCGCCGCAACCAGCAGCCCGCCCAACCCUACCCGCGCGCCCGUCCCCCUCCCCGUCCUCGCCCGCGUCAUCGACCCGGCACCCCCCCUUCUCGUCUUCCCCUCCACCUCGUCACGCCGCACGGGCCCGGCCCAAAUACCCUCGCCCUCGCGCUCCCACCUCUCGCACUCCACAAACCCUAACCCUAGCUCGCUGCCGCCUCUGGUCCCUCGUCGUCGGCCCACUGUCUGAGAUAAACCUCUCGCCGCCGCGGUUGCUGGUCGAGCUAUUCGUUUGCUUUCGCGCUGCUUGAUUUCUCUCGUUGCGUGUGGUGUGGUGUGGUGGUGGUUGGUGGGGGACCUCGAGGGGUUUUGGAUUUGAGGGUUUUAUUCUUCGCGCUGCGGAUCGAAGCUGUUCGUCGGCGUUCGUUGCAGCUCCCGUGCCGCGCUCUCGCACUCGGCGGCAGCGAGGUGCUUUAUUUUGAUAUUUUGGGGGGGUUUUCUCAGUCGGUGCUCUCGCUUUCAUUGCCGGCGGUUUGUUAGGCGUAUAUUUGUCUCGGUUCAUUCGUGAGGGAUUUUUUAUUAUCUACGUACAGUUGUUUUGUUAGAGGGUCUAUUGGGCUUAUCUUCUCUCUGGCGGUUGCAACUUGAUUCAGUGACAUACAUUAGUUUUUUUUUCAUAGAGAAUGUCAUAUAUACUAACUGUAAUGCCGCAUUGGAAACGUGCAGGCAGCGGCGGCGGAGUUGGCUGGCGCGGAGGUCACUUGGUCGAGUUAAGCGCGUGUUGUAAUGGAGGGGCUCAACGCCACUGAUGCUGUGAUCAAGAAGCCAAGGAGUGUUGCAUUCAGGAAGCCAAGGUCCAUGAAGCAGCUCACGGUUGAGUGCAAUGGCAUUUGCCUGCCAUCUCGGAGUGCUCGUCAUGACGAUGACACUGGCGUCGAAGCUGGUGGGCAGCGGAGGAAAGAGCUACACCUAAAUAGCCCUGAAAUGAAGGGCUCCAUGACUCAUAGGAGUGACGUGCCCAGUAAGAUAAGAAGGGAUGAUAAAUCUGGAGGUGACUAUGAUGGUCAUGGUCGGAGCAGAAAAACGAAGGAUGCCGCCAAGCAUGGAAGUGAAAGUGUUCUUGCCCUGGAGUGCACAGCAAGAAACAUUGAAUCCCUUGACAAUCCACAGUUGGUCCCCAGAGAUGACUCUUUGCCUGGUGAAAAUAGGCCGAGAAAAGUAAAGUUCAAAUUUAAUCGGACCCAACGUACCAAAAAUGGCCAGGAUGAUGGUGGCAGUGGCAUUCCUGCCACGUCGGCCUGCUUUAUUAAUCAGUACAAGCAAAAGGAUUCUGGUGGCCACACAACCAAAGAUACCCAUGGUAAUCGUGCUGAAGGAAAACAUGGUAACAAGCAUGGCAAUUCUCUGUCUCCUGACCUUGUUUGCAAGAGCAAAAGGAUUCCUAAGAAAAGAACACUUGACGAAGAUUCUGAUGAUGGAGAUGGUGAAAUACGCUAUCUACAAAAACUCAAAGGGGCAAAAGUUGCACCAGAUCCUGUGAACACUGGUCAUAAAGCUUAUGAUUUCGUUGAUGACGCACUCAAGAAAAAAGAGCUAACCAAGCUUUCUAAAAAUAAGAGCAUCCCAUAUGAAGUGGACGAAGACUUCAGAAUGUCUCGGUCUGGCAGGAAUGGUAGGAAGAAGUUAGGGGAUGACAAUGAGUUUAUAGAAGAUGAGGAAUCUGAGAUGGAGGAAAAGAGUGGGCUAAAGAAAGCUGAUUCACCUCAAGAUGUGAAGAUUGAAACCCCUGGUCUUACAACAAGACAGCGAGCCCUUCAAAGCAGGGGUGGGAAUGGUGAAAGCUUUAUUGAAUUUCCCGAUGGAUUACCAGCAGCUUCGUCAAGAAAGCAAAAGGAGAAGCUCUCAGAUGUGGAGCUACAAGCCAAAAAGGCAGAAGCUGCACAGAGACGUAAGAUGCAAGUUGAGAAGGCAGAGAAAGAACAACAGGCUGAAGCAAUGAGGAAGAUACUGGGUCUAGAUUCUGAGAAGAAAAAGGAAGAGAAGAAGCUGAAAGAACGGGAAAACAGGGAAAAACAAGCGAAAUUGGAAGAAUGCAAGAAAAACUGCGUCCGGACUGUCAUGGGCCCAACCGGAACUGUGAUUACAUUCCCUGAGAGCAUGGGGCUUCCUAGCAUAUUUAACUCCAAGCCUGUCAGCUAUCCACCUCCAAGGGAGAAGUGUGCAGGCCCGUCGUGCACAAACCCGUACAAGUACCGCGACUCCAAGACGCUGCUCCCUCUCUGCAGCCUGGCGUGCUACAAGGCUGUCCAGGGCCGCCCUCCUGACCAGGGAACCGACGCUGCCCAGGGGAGUGGAGGUGGCCAGGAAAGCGCUGGGAAGCAAGCAUGAUGAAUCUAGCUACCUGACGCGAUUGAACCGUGACCGUCAGUUGGCUGGAGAAGUGUAUGUUAACAUGUCCAGCUCGCUGGUGUGUGGUUUCCUUUGGCAGUAGUCUAACAAUCAACCUGACAAAAGAUGGGGUGAUCGCCUGCCCGUCGUGAACCAAGCCGGGUUUUGUUAAUGGCGGUUCGAGUUUAAACCCAUGGUGUGGUCGGAUCGGUGUAUGAGACUAGUCGAGAAAUAUGAAGGGGGAAAAAAACUUGUACAGC